AUGGUCGCCAUUAACCUCUUUCAUGAACCUUCAUUCCCUGAAAAGUUGAUGGAAAUUCCCUCUCUCUGCCAAAUCAGUGCCCUUCUCGCUGCCAUGGCUGCUUAUGCCUCACGUUUCCUACCUUUUGAAACGGAUCCUUUAACUGGGGGCGGACUAGCACUGACAGAAAAAUGUCAUCACAACCCUGCACAUUUUGUUGAUAUUGCCUUUAAUGAGAUCAACAAGGCACUCGCAGAGUGUGACGAUGAGUUACCACCUCUUUGCGUGAUCCAAGCUCUCAUAAUUGCAACACACUGCCAAUUAACCCGUGGGGUUCAUGGGAAAGCGUGGAGAUCCUUGGGACUUUGCGUUCGAUUGGCAUACGAGACUAACCUUCAUCUUCUCGAUUCGAGGACAGCGGGAAAGACAGAAGAAUCCGCUCAAUGGAAAGCAGAUGAAGAAAAGCGCCGGGCAUUCUGGGCCAUUUGGGAGAUGGAUGUAUUUGCCAGUACAAUCCGCCGGACCCCAACUGCCAUCGACUGGACGCAGAUGGAGAUCUUACUCCCGGUCGACAAUGCCAACUGGUUUCAAUCUCGCCCUGCCCCAAGCUGUUUCAUGGAGGCCGAGCCAAAUAAACGUUGGAAGGCACUACAGGACAGUGGGAACCAAUCGCCCAAGGCAUGGUUCCUGGUGAUCAACUCUCUCAUGAAAGCUGCCCAAGCCAUCUCCAACCCGCGAGGGGUAGCUCCUACGGGUAACGCGGUUAACUAUCAGCCAACACAUCGUACGUCAACACCAGAAUCGGUCGAGGAGGCCCGGAAAGGGUUAGAAACACUAGCAAACGCAGUGCGGUGCUUUGGGCUUGCUUUGCCUCGUCAUCUCCAAUAUCGCGACCAACACUUGGCUUUCAGUGCAGUAGGACAGCACCAAUCGGACUCUGAACGACAACAACAUUGCUCUAUAUAUAACAUCUUCGUCAUGACUCACCUGGCUCGGCUUAUGAUACACCGAUAUGAUGCCUUCAGGCCACAGACUCGCCACUCGGAAGCCAAAAGUCGUCACCACCCUAGCGAUUCAGCCAAUGGGAAUGAAUUUGGUAUCUAUGAUGCCGAGAGCGUCGCUUUACGGCAUUAUUUCGACGCAACAGAUAGCAUUCUGAGAAUCGUUAACCAAAGCUGCGAGGAGCACAUCCGGUAUAUCAAUCCAUUCCUCUCCAGCACCAUAUGGCUGGCUUCCGCUGUGCAGCUAGUUCGGAAGCAUCUUUCACGAACGCCGUCCAAUAGAAGCCUGAUCAAGUCGCGCUUUGAUGUACUAUACCUGACGUACAAGCGAUGCAUUCAAUUCUGGGAUACACAGACCGCUCUCCAGCAAAACCUUGAGUCACUGGAGGUGCAGCUGGAGGCCCAGCAAGCUGAAUCUAAUAAGCGGGAGGCCCGGGCUUCCAGAAAAACGUCAAAGCGAGCUUCAGAAGAAGCAGCAAUUGCGAAUCAGUCCUCCAGUGACCGGCAAUGGGGCCAAGCUGAGCAUGAUGCCAAGAGACAACGAAUCUACCUGCAUAAUUCUUCUCAUGCCACCAAGAAAAACAACGGCCCUAAUUUAUCAAACUCUGCAAAGAUGCAAGACAAUUACUCUACGCAAUUCCUUCCUGAUACACCAUCCACACCCCCGGUGCAAAUGUUGACGCUGGACCAAGAUGAACUUGAGAGGAUGACAAACCAGGCGUACCCCGGUGAACAUCCCGAUCCCUCCCAAAAGAUGGCCAUGCUGGAUUUCAUGCCUUUGCCAGAAGUCAAUCCACAUCCGAUCUCUGAACCUUACAUAGUGCCAACGAACCCUGUUUUCUUCGAGCCGAUGAACAUGCUUGAUACACAGCAGGAUCGGAGCAUGGAGUGGCCCAAUAUUGAAUUCGCUAGCGGCAUACAUGAUUUAUUGGCUGGGUGGUCUAUGUACUAA